CAAAACCUGCUCUACUCCACAAGACUGCAGGGCCGGCCUCAGGAGCGUGGUGUGGCACCAGGGGCCCUCAAGAUCAGCCCAGCGCACACGUUCAGGGCUGGCAGCCAGUGGGACGUUCUCCCAGGUCCCCAGCUACUCAGGGCUUUCCAAAACAGUAGCAGAAGGCUCCACUGGCCUUAUGAGUGAAGCAGCAACCAGACAGUUGCCUAUUCUAUUCCAUGGAGGGGCAAGGCGCCUUCUCCGCCACUGAAGUUAGCCAGGCUGCCAGAAACCCAAAGGGAUCCUGGAGGAACCCACUGGCUGUGCAUCUGAGCCUCUCUCCUCUCGCAGAUGGGCAGGAACCCUUGGGCCACAAAGCCUCCUCAUGCCAUGAUUUAGCCUCUGUUAACUGGCCCUCCUUGCCAGAUGGACCUGGAGUGUGUUGCAAGAGGGUUAUAUUCCACAUGGCCUGUGGCACUCUCUACCUCAGGAAGGCAUGUCACGUUCCAGGUUUCAUGUUGUUCUGGUGCCAGGAGAGCCUCCUCUUUUUCUCUGUAUCUGCUGCAGCCCCACUGGGACUCUCAUCUGCCUGCUGUCUGCCUCUCCGGAUGCCCAGGACCAUUACAGCUGCUCUGUGGAGGAAAAAGGGGAGUUCACAGAGAACGAUGACUACAGAGUCUCUCUGCACACUGCCAACACCUCCCCGGGCAAGAACAUGACCUACCCUGUCUUUACGUCGUAUGAGCCCAGGCUGCACAUCCUGUGCGACCCACCCACUGGCCUUCAAAGCAAUGCCAGCGCCAGCAAGUGGUGGAUCCAGUGGAGAAAGCCUGAAUCCUACGAAGACAUUAACCUGGAGGACUGGCACUGGCAGCUGGCCUUCAAGGCUGCUGGAGAACCCUGGGAGCAAGCAAAGGCCAAGAACUUUGUCAGCCAAGACUCAUGGGUAGAAAUAGAUGGCUUUGAGUUCAAGGGUGGAGUGGACUACGUUGCCCGGGUCCGCUGCAAAAUUCCAGAGGAGAACAAUGUCUACCACAGCCACUGGAGCGCCUGGAGCUCCACCACCAGCUGGACAGGUCCCCCAGGAGAUGAUGCUGGGCAAAAGCAACUGGAUCCUCACCUGCUGAGGGCUCUGCACACCUUGCUCCCACUCUGCCUGGGGGCCCUGAUGAUCCUGCUCCUGGCCUUUUUCUGGAGGAUGAAGGACAUGGGAAGGGCAUACAUCCCCACGCCUGCCACCUUCUUCCAGCCCCUCUAUGCCUCUCACAAUGGGGAUUUCAAGGGCUGGGCUGGACUCAAAGGGAAGGCAGUCUGCCUCAACAGGGCAUUGGAGGAGGAUGCCCCUGGCAGUGGCCAUGGAGACAAAGGGCAUGCCGUGGCAGCGCCUGACUCCCGGAUCACCUUCCUCACAUCCCCGUUGAAGGUGGAGGCUGUGCCACAAGAGGAAAGCUACCCCCGAGGGGGUCCCACGGGGGCAGAAGCAGAGGCCCUGGGGACAGAGCAGGUGCAGGAACCACAGAGCAGCGGCAGGCAGGGCAGUGAGCCCCAGUUCCUCCCUCAGGGGGUCCCUCUCCAGGAUCCCAGAGGCCCAAUGGCUGCAGAGGAGAAGAAGAAGGAGGCACCCCUGAGCCUCCCCUCCUUCCCAGAGCCAGGCCCCCUCUGGGAGAGGGAGGCCCUCUUUUCUUGUAGCAACGACUACUACUGCAUGUGGGGUGGAGCAGUGGCCCCGGGGCCCUGAGGUCUGUCUUGGCAGGGGACCAUGUGGGGCUGGCGGUGGCUCCAACCCAUGCGCUCCAGGCCAAGCCUGAGCCCCCUGCUGCUCCCCUCUGCUACCUUGCCCUUCUGGCUACUAGGCCACCUCUCCCUCAGUGUUACAGAUGCUACUGGCCAGAAAAGGGUUGCAGGAAACUCUGUGCAAUCUUUCCCAAGGCUGGCUAGGGGUCAUCUCUCAAGGAGACCCCAGGCGCAUCAGGGCACCUUCCGCAAGGAGAAUGCCAGAGUCUGAGCUGCUAGGCUGCUACAAGAGAAGCACGCAUGCGGUGCGUGUGGCUAGUGGCUUGGCCUCCCGUCCCUGCUGGGCUCACUCUGGAC